AUGCCGGAGACGGUGGCCAAUGUCGAUGUGUGGAGAGCGAUUUUGCGGCAAGCGUUUCACGUUCAUAAACGCCUUCUGCGCCCAGCCCUCCAGUCCUGGUUGAAGGCCUACGACGAGCAGACGAUCAAGAAUACUUGGUAG